AUGGCUACAUCAAUAUCGAACAAUUGUGAUUACGAUCCGUUGGAAGAUAUUGACGAAAUGAUAUUUUUAUGUGACAGUGUUCGAACAUUAACAUCAAAUAUUGAUAGUAAUUUUGAUGAUAUAAAACGGAUAUGGAACUUAAAACGUCAAAGUCUUCGACCUAAUAAUUUAGUGACAGAUUUUCUAAAACCAAAUGUAUUCAGAACAAAAGAACUUUUACAUCAGAUAGCCAGAUUAUUGAGUCAACCAGAUAAUCUCACCGAAGCUUUAAGCAGAGCUCAACAUCCAACACAUACAAUUGUUGAACAGGAACAACAGCAACAAGUUGAUGACAUAAAACAAGUUGAUACGAAAGACAAUAUUUUACUGUCAAAACCACCUGUUUGCCAACCACGACAACAACGAAACGUCGUACAUUUUCAGCCGCAUACAAAUCAAGCAUCAAAUUCUCUUCGAAAUCCAGUCCGGUCCUUAUAUGAACCACCACCAUCUCAACUAUUUGGAUCAAUACCUGUUCAUCAAAAUGGUUAUCAAUUGUACGACGCUGAUCAUUUUCAACAAAUAAAAACUUCAAUAAUCAAUGAUUAUCGUACAAAAAAUUCUGCUUCUGGUUCACUCGUAAGGCAAAUAACUGGUCAACAAUUAGCCACUCUCGUGCCAUCACCAUCACACACAAUCUCAUACAAAACAUCGUUUCCUGAAACCACAUCGCAUUCAAAUGCCUCAUCAUUGCCAGAAUCACAAUCGCAAGUACCUGGCAAAACUCGUAUUAAAAUGCAGGUUAUUCAACCUGGCACAGUAUGGCACAAUGCUGAAAUUCAAAUUGUCGAUCAUCCUUCAGCUUUUUUCGUACAAAAUAUGAAACCGCAAAUCGAAGAACAAUUUCGAUUAAUGGCACAUGACAUGAAUAAAUCUGUGAAUACAAUGUUUCCUCUUGAAAAUGUUACAAUUGGUGAUUUUUGUGCUACUCAAUUUAGUGAAGAUAACUUUUGGUAUCGAGCACGUGUUCUUUUAAAAACUAAUAGCGAAUCUGUCUUUGUUGUAUAUUUGGAUUAUGGAAAUACUGAAUCGAAACUAAUCAAUAAAAUAUAUCCAUUACAUGAAUCAUUAGCACGCCUUCCGGCAAUGGCUGUUGUUUGCACAUUAGCUGAAUCAUUUCCGAAAAAUGGUAUUUCUUGGUCACGCAAAAUAACUAAUCAAUUUUCAUCAUUAAUCAAAAAUAAAAUUGUUGAAGUACAUUUUGUUGAUAAAGGAAAAUCAGACUGGUCAUUGAAUUUUGUUAAAAUAUUCAUUAAUGGUCAAUUAAUAACCUCAAAUCCCGCUCUUGCUUCACAGAUCACACCAAUACAAAAUGAAGAUAUUGCUCGACAUUUUGCUGGACGUUUAUCAACAAUAGAAUACAUGUUAUACAAUGUACCAAUUUUACCAGUUGAUAUUUACAAUGCAGGAUUACUGUGA